UCGGAAGCCAGGAAGGUUGGAGGUUCUAAGCGACGACUGAACCUGGUCGCGGCUGCUGGCAUCAUGUCCCGCGUGUCGGUGCCCUGUCAUGUGAAAAGCACUGUAGCCCUGCAGGUGGGCGACGUACGGACUUCCCAAGGCCGGCCUGGCGUGCUGGUUAUCGAUGUCACCUUCCCCAGCCUUGCGCCUUUCGAGUUGCAGGAGAUCACAUUUAAGAAUUACUACACAGCCUUUUUAAGCAUUCGUGUCCGUCAGCAUACUUCAACACACUCACCAGCGAAGUGGGUGACCUGCCUGCGGGACUACUGUCUGAUGCCUGAUCCACACAGUGAGGAGGGAGCCCAGGAGUAUAUAUCGCUGUUCAAGCACCAGAUGCUGUGUGACAUGACCAGAGUACUGGAGCUGCGUCUGAUUCUACGGCAGCCAUCACCACUGUGGCUGUCUUUCACAGUGGAGGAGCUGCAGAUCUACCAGCAGGGACCAAAGAGCCCCUCCAUGACCUUCCCCAAGUGGCUGUCUCACCCAGUACCCUGUGAACAACCUAUUCCCCUCCCUGAGGGUCUUCCAGACCCCAGCAGGGUGUCUUCUGAGGUGCAGCAGAUGUGGGCACUGACAGAAAUGAUCCGGGCAAGUCACACCUCCACGAGGAUCGGCCGUUUUGAUGUGGAUGGCUGUUAUGACCUGAACUUGCUCUCCUACACUUGAGCAGUGGCUCCUAGCUGAGACAUUGGCCUUUCAAUGCCCGUCCAAG